ACUUCGCAGGCAGCUAGCUCAGCUGACAACAGCAGCCAGAUGAUGAUGGCAGACUCUGGAAGUAUCGAAGAAGUAGCUGUGAUCGGUAACACCGACAUCACGUCAACAGAAUCCGAGAACAACCUCAUAAACACGAUGGUGGAAAGAGGGUCAACUCUGCUGAGAAAAAUGGAGAUGAAUGUGACCGAGGCAGAGAAGAGAACAGGGAAGAACACGGUUAACAUGCAGGAAACCUAUACAGUCUACCUCAUAGAGACACGGCCGGCUGAGACACUUCCAGCGGGGGGUACUCCCACCACACCUGACACUUUGUGGAGACGCUACAGUGAGUUUGAGUUGCUCAGAACAUACCUCCUGGUCACCUACUCCUACAUCAUCAUCCCUCCACUACCAGAGAAAAGGGCAGAGUUUGUGUGGCACAAAAUGUCCGCCGACAACCUCGACCCAGACUUUGUUGAGAGACGGAGAGUCGGCCUGGAAAACUUCCUGCUUCGUGUUGCAUCACAUCCUGUCCUUUCCAAUGACAAAAUCUUCUUCCUCUUUCUGACAGAGGAGAAAGAAUGGAGGGAGGCGGUUUUGGAGACAGGUUUCCAAGACAAGGUUGACUCCAGACUAAAGUCUCUGAGUGCCAUGUUCAGAGUCAAGAACCCUGACAAGCGAUUCACAGCACUGAAACUCUACAGUGAUGAACUGAACUCUGUCAUCUCUCAGUUACUGAGGGUGCGGGCGAAAGUAGCAGACAGGCUGUAUGGAGUUUACAAAGUCCAUGGUAACUACGGCAGAGUCUUCAGUGAAUGGAGUGCUAUAGAAAAAGAGAUGGGAGAUGGACUACAGAGUGCGGGCCACCACAUGGACACGUACGCUGCAUCAAUAGAUGACAUUCUGGAGGAAGAAGAGCAUUAUGCAGACCAACUGAAAGAAUACCUUUUCUACACUGAUGCUGUCAGGUCAGUGUGUAGGAAACAUGAGCUGAUGCAGUACGAGUUGGAGAUGGUAGCUCAGGACCUCGUCCAAAAGAAACAACAGAAGGAAGAGCUGGCUACUGGGACAGUUCGGAUCUUUUCUCUGAAGGGGAUGACGAGUAAACUGUUCGGCCAAGAGAGCCAGGAGCAGAGGGAGAGCAGGUUGGCAGCGCUGGAGCAGAGUAUCCGUGAGGCAGAGGAAACGCUCGAGGAAAAGAACAGAGAGUGCCAAGAGUUUGUGCGAACAGCCUGGGAAGACAUUGAACGUUUCAAGGAACAGAAGGACAGAGAUUUGCGUGAAGCACUAAUUAGCUAUGCCAUCAUGCAGAUCAGCAUGUGUAAGAAGGGAAUCCAGGUGUGGUCCAACGCCAAGGAGUGUUUCAACAAAAUGUGAGCCACUCUCCAGCCAAUCGCUCACUUGCACCAAAACAAUAACAAUCGGAUUGUUCAGAGUGGGACCAUCAGCCAACCUGCAGUCUUACGGAGAUGGACCAUGGGAGCCAAAAAUACUGUCCUCACUUUGUUUGCUACGCUGAAUGAUUCUGCCUUUCUCUCUCUCUCUCUCUCUCUCUCUCACACACACACAUUUAUUUAGAAAAAGCACUAGAGUUAUUUAGUUGAUCCAUGCCUUUUAAUUCCAAGUGUCUUUAACAGUACCAUUCACGUGGCAUUUUGCUAAUGUUACUGUCCUACUGCAGAUGACCCAAAUGUUCAAGACUUUUUCCUCCUUUGUUGCACAGCCGUCAGCGUGUCAUAGAGGAAAAUCCUGCACUAAUAAUGCAUGAUAGUUGCGCAUUGGGAAUGCCUGUGCAGUGUAUUUCAGUUACACUUCACUUCCCAAAUGUAGCAGAACUGUGCAAUGACAUAAAAGGACGGAUGUUGAGGAAUCAGUCUGAAAACUACCACUACUUCCUCUCAGCCUCAAAUGGGAGGUGUAAUCUUCUGAAAGUUUAUUAAAUAAAAAUGUCAGGUGGAGAUUUAUCAGAAACAAGAAAUCUUAUUGUAAGGCAAGGGAACAUGGACCACUUCUUUUUCCUGAAAUAUGUUUGGUACACUUCAUGCUGAAGUCAGUCUUUAUGCUGUUAUUAAUCGAUAGCUGACCAAAGUGCUGUAUAGUACAGAUCACAGGUGGGGAGCACAGGAGAGGGGUCGACAAGCUUAGGGUAUUUUUGGUAAUUGAUGAGAGAUUUUUUUUUUCGUUUUGUGCCAAAAGAAAAGAGCCAUGAGUAAGAGUAAAGUUAGUCGAGCCUCUCUUUCUUCAACUCCUUAAUGGAGGCUUUCUUAUUCUUUCGCGGACCUAAACAUGGCACCACCACAAACUACCUGAUCUACCAAGUGCAACCAUAAGUGUUGUUAAAGCGACACACUUACAGAUCAGUAGUUGAGCUUUUUCUUUACUUUCGAGCUUUAUAGCCUUAAUAUGAGCAUUGGUCUUGUAAAACAGGGGAGGGCCCUUUCAGCCACACUCUCAAUCUGCCGCAUCUCUUUUUCUGAUGUGAAGUCAUUGCACUAAAUAAUAGACGUGAGUUCCAAGCAUGCCUCAGGUCAAUGUUUGUGACAUACUGACCAAAUGGUGGAAAUCUUUAACUACGGACAUGUUGGAUCCUCAAAUUCUGGCUCAAUCCAUAUGAUAUACAUACACAAUACAUGUUCUACUUUUGUUUCCUUAAUAUGAUAUCCUGAAGAGGGAAGAUUGGUGCAAAAUGGACAUGUAAAAGUUGUGCAAAGAUACUUUCCCUCGGCCUUCAAUAAACAAUCAGUUUACUGAAAUAAUCCCAAAUUACAGCUUUAUGUAUGUUUUUAUAAUAAACGUGUUCAAUGAAUGAUUGUUUUUAUGUUUAUGUAAUCAUUGUGCUAAAACACUAAUAAACAUUUCUUUUUUUAAA